AGGGGCCGCGCGGCGCUGCCUGCUCGGCCGGAAGAGGUGGCCGGAGGACGGACAGCCAGGACCCCGGGCCUCCCCGGUCCGUUCCUUCCCCUUUCCAGUCGGCCUGGCCCGUUGUUGUCCGGGGCGAGCCGCGCCGGCCUUUAAUCCGGCGGGCGAUUACGGGGUUCCGGCGACGGGAGGUCCAUUCAUUCGCCCGCAGGCGCCAGGAAGCGCGUGGGGGCAGCGCCCGGCCAAGCAGGGCCCAGACAUGGAGCUUCGGGAAGAAGCCUGGUCUCCAGGGCCACUGGACUCUGAGGACCAGCAGAUGGCCAGUCAUGAGAACCCAGUGGACAUCCUCAUCAUGGAUGACGAUGACGCCCCCAGCUGGCCCCCAACCAAGCUAUCCCUGCCCCAGUCUGCACCCCCGGCUGGGCCCCCACCCCGGCCCCGGCCCCCUGCGCCCUACAUCUGCAACGAGUGCGGCAAGAGCUUCAGCCACUGGUCAAAGCUGACACGGCACCAGCGCACGCACACGGGCGAGCGGCCCAACGCCUGCGGCGACUGCGGGAAGACAUUCUCACAGAGCUCGCACCUGGUGCAGCACCGCCGCAUCCACACCGGUGAGAAGCCCUACGCCUGCGCCGAGUGCGGCAAGCGCUUCAGCUGGAGCUCCAACCUCAUGCAGCACCAGCGCAUCCACACCGGCGAGAAGCCCUAUGCCUGUCCCGACUGCGGCCGCAGCUUCACGCAGAGCAAGAGCCUGGCCAAGCAUCGGCGCUCGCACAGCGGCCUCAAGCCCUUUGCCUGCCCGCGCUGCGGCCGUGGCUUUGGCCAGCCCAAGAGCCUGGCAAGGCACCUGCGGCUGCACCCGGAGCUGACGGGGCCUGGCGUGGCGGCGCGGGUGUUAGCGGCCAGCGUGCGCCGCGCGCAGGAGCCUGAGGCAGCAGCGGCGGGUGGCGAGCUCGCCAUCCCGGUGGGCGAUGGCGAGGGCAUCCUUGUGGUGGGCGCACCAGGCGAUGGUGCGGUGGCAGGUGUUGCGGCGGGCGUGGGGCCUCGGGGCACGGGGUCCCGGCCGCGGCGGGCCCCGGCGCCCAAGCCCUACGUGUGCGUGGAGUGCGGGAAGGGAUUCGGGCAGGGCGCCGCGCUGCUGGCACACCAGCGCACGCAGCACGGGGACGCGCCUGGGGUGGGCGAGGAGCCCGCACACAUCUGCGUGGAGUGUGGUGAGGCCUUCUCGCAGAGCGCCGCGCUGCGCCGCCACAAGCGGGAGCAUGCCGUGGGCGCGCCCACCAUCUGCGGGGCCUGCGGACGCAGAUUCUACUGGGUCGUGGGGCUGGGGGAACCCGGGAACGGUGAGCCCCGGGACGGGGAGCACCGCUGCACCCAGUGCCGCGCCGCAGAGGGCCGGUAGGGGUGGGCGCCCGGGGGGGCGGGGCCCCUCGGGCUUGGCGGGAGGGCAGGGCGGAGGCCUGGACACACCGGGAACUGGAGACCGGACCACAGCACCCCACACCCGGGGCCGCAGGGACUGUGAGCAGCGUGGUCAGGGCAGGGGUGCCCGGCCUGUCGAGUCCCCUCCUGGACUUGGGGCGGAGAGGCGGGGCCUGGGCAAUAAACGGCGCUGUCCAAUGGUC